AUGGCGUCCCUCUUCGACCUGACCAAGCCACACCUGGCUUACUAUUCCGUGCCCGCGGCUUUCACGCUGGUGAUGGUGCCGCAUGCCUACGCGAUGUUCGCAUCUGGGAAGAAUUUUGACGUCGCAAACCCCCGCUCGACGGUAGACACAUGCAACAAGGACACUACUAUGGACAAGAGGAAAGCCCAGCGCAUCCAGCGGGCCGAGGCAGCAAUGGCCAACGGCUUCGAGACUCUUGGGAUGUACUCGGCCGGGAUCGUGGCCGCUGUUGUCGCAGGCGUCCCGGCGGAGACGCUGAAUUACUUGAGCGUGGCGUAUUUAACCUCACGAGUGGGCUAUAACACAGUCUACAUCUGGUUGCAGGACAACAGGAAGCUAGCGCCUCUGAGGAGCGCGUGCUGGAACGCAAGCAUCGGUAUCAUUGCCGCUCUCUGGAUCAAGGCUGGGAACAAGGCUGCUUCUUAG